CACGGGUUUCAGCCUGGACGCUAUCACGCCAGCGCAUGCGCGGCUUCGGCAAUCACCUGUUGUUGUUUUUUGACUUUAUAUGAGGCGCAAGAGAGACCGCUCGUUUUCUCGGUGGCUUUUAAGGAUCACUAAGACCGGCCGGCGGCUCAAGCCACGGAGCCCGGGCGGCUUCUCUCUGGGGUGUGGGGCGCUCGGAAAACAUCUCCGCCCCGAGCUGUCUGUCACUCAGUCACUGCCGCCGGACCGAGCCAGCAGCAGCAGCCGGACAGGAGCUCUCUCUCUCUCUCUCUCUCUGUCUCACCCGAGCGGGAGGGGCGGAGAGACACACACCCUCGGCCCCACGGCUCGCCGCAGGAAGGGUGGCGCUUCCUCCUCCCCCCCCCACAGCGCUUCUCCCCACCAUCUGUCCCCAGAGACUUCCUGCUUUCCGAGAGAGGAGAGGGACGGGAAGCGGGUGUGGGUGUGUGGGGGUGGGGGUGUCGUCCCGGCGGCCUUUUGAGCUUCCUCCGAAAAUUCUUCACCGCAAACCCCCCCAGGACCGGUUGACUUCGGGCAAGCCCUCCUUUAUGUCUGCCUGCCUCCAUUUUCUAUGAUAGCCUUCGGGGGAAUGUGCUGUUUCUCGUCAGGAGGGUUCAAGGCGAAGCGGCUCUGUGGCGUGUUUGGUCCCUUCGUUUGGUUGUAACUGGCCUGUAAUACUUCCUUUUCUAAGUGAGACAACAUGAUUCCAUUUGUAUCCCUGGAUGUUUCACAUUCACGUCUAAGUUACCUGUCGGAUAGGGCUAGAGCUGCUAACUCUUCAAAUGGGACCUACUGCUACAGUACUGCCCAGGGAAGCACUGUGCUUCAAGGAGUGACCUUCGGUGGAGUGCCUACUGUUCUGCUGCUUGAUGUAACUUGCUUUUUGUUGUUAAUGCUGAUAUUUUCCAUUAUAAGAAGAAGAUUCUGGGAUUACGGUCGCAUUGCACUGGUAGCAGAAGCUAACAGUGACUCCAAAUAUUAUAGAUUAUCGACUUCUUCUAUUCCUGAUGAACUGGACCCUAAUGAGGGUUUCUGUUCUUGGAUGGUAUCUGCCUUUCGAAUGCAUGAUGAAGAGAUUCAUGCCAAGUGUGGGAAUGAUGCCAUUACAUAUCUCGGUUUUCAGCGCCAUCUCAUCUGCUUGUUGAUUGUUAUCAGCAUGCUGUCUUUGUGUGUCAUACUGCCUGUAAAUCUAUCAGGUGACUUACUUGAUAAAGACCCUUACAGUUUUGGAAGAACGACUAUAGCAAACCUGCAAACAGGCAAUGAUCUUCUCUGGCUACACACAAUUUUUGCUGUUAUUUAUCUGAUUUUAACAGUUUUGUUUAUGAGACAACAUGCCAGAAGCAUCAGAUACAAUGAAGAAAGCAUAGUAAAACGUACAUUGUUCAUAACAGGUCUUCCCAAAAGUGCUGAGAAAACAAGCAUACAAAAUCACUUAAAUACAGCAUAUCCAACCUGCCACGUUCAAGAGAUCCAGUUAUGUUAUGAUGUAGCCAACCUUAUCUAUCUGUUUGGAGAGAGAAAAAAGGCAGAGAAGAGUGUAGAAUACUAUACACAAAUGAAUCGGAGACUUGGUAAGCGAAGCCUCAUAAACACAAAACCAUGCGGCCAGUUUUGCUGCUGUGAUGUCAGAGGUUGUGAAAAGGAAGAUGCUAUAGAUUACUACACAGGGGUUACAGAAAAAUAUAUGGAAGAAUAUAUGAAAGAGGAAAAAAAUAUUUAUAAUAAGCCACUGGGAAUAGCUUUUGUAACAUUCCAAGAGAAAGCCAUGGCAACACAUAUUCUUAAAGAUUUCAAUGCCUGUAAGUGUCAAGGAUAUAAAUGUAAAGGAGAACCCCAGCCAUCAGCCUACAGCAAAGAACUAUGUGUCUCAAAGUGGAAUGUUGCAUAUGCUACCUAUCCAGAAGACAUUUGCUGGAAUAAUCUUUCAGUUCAAGGGCUGAAAUGGUGGUUUAGGUGGCUUUGCAUCAAUUUGCUACUUUUUGUUGUGCUCUUUUUCCUGACAACUCCUUCGAUCAUUAUCUCAACAAUGGACAAGUUUAAUGUAACAAAGCCUAUUCAUUAUCUUAAUAACCCUGUUGUUAGCCAGUUCUUCCCAACAGUCCUUCUGUGGUCCUUUUCAGCUUUGCUGCCAACUAUCGUCUAUUACUCCACACUGUUUGAAUCACAUUGGACAAAGUCUGGUGAAAACAGAAUAAUGAUGCAUAAAGUUUAUGCAUUUAUGAUCUGCAUGGUGCUAAUUCUGCCUUCACUGGGUUUGACCAGUCUUGAUUUCUUCUUUCGUUGGGUGUUUGAUGAAGAAUCUGAAUCUAGAGUUAGAUUAGAAUGUGUCUUUCUCCCUGAUCAGGGAGCUUUCUUUGUGAAUUAUGUGAUUGCAUCCUCCUUUAUUGGCAAUGGGAUGGAAUUACUCCGUUUGCCAGGUCUUAUGUUGUACACUAUUCGCAUGAUUCUGGCGAAAUCUGCUGCUGAGAGGAAAAACAUUAAGCAGCAACAAGCAUUUCAGUUCGAGUUUGGAGCGAUGUAUGCAGAGACACUGUGUGUUUUUACAGUCAUCAUGGCUUACAGCAUCACUUGUCCUAUUAUUGUCCCAUUUGGGUUAAUUUAUAUGCUGCUGAAGCAUACAGUUGACCGCCACAAUCUCUACUAUGCAUUCCUGCCUGCAAAGCUAGAGAAGCAGAUCCAUUUUGCAGCUGUGAACCAGGCUCUCGCAGCUCCAAUUCUCUGCCUCUUUUGGCUGUAUUUUUUCUCCUUUUUGAGACUAGGUUUCAAAGCGCCUACAACUUUAUUUACAUUUCUGGUUUUAGGUAUAGCAAUUGUUAUUUGCUUGGGUUAUACCUGCUUUGGCUGCCUCAAGUACCUGAGUCCCUUGAAUUACAAAAUAAAAAGCAGUGUUUCCAGUGAAACCACAGAUGAGUCUGAUCUACCAGCAGCACCCAAAUCCUCUGUGUUUGUCCCUUACGUUCUGCAACGUAGUCCUACUGAGAGGACAGUUCUGGCUCAUUUUGACCAGCAGGGCUAUGGUACCAUGUCAGAGAACUCUGCAAUUGAUGAAAAUAUGCUCCGCUUCUCUUAUGCUGAAGAGCCUGUUUUCCUUGGAGACACAUAGAAAUGUGUAUCUGGGUGUUGUCAUGGACAAACACAAGGUGGCGCCCUUGGCCUUCCUUCAGAAGAGCAAUUUCACAGAACAUUCUUAUUUCAAAAGAAUCAUUGAUCUGGCCAUUCAGAAGGUUUUCAAUUGUGCUGAUUUUACUAAGUUGCCAGUUUGGGAUUGGUUGCUUUUAUAGGUCAUGACACAAACUGUGGCACAGGCAUACUGAAUAACCGGGACCAGAGAUGGUGCUUCGGGUUUACUUGUUUGCCUUCAUGGGGAAAUUAGACUGUACAAGCAAGUGCUAGAUCACUGAUGUUUGUUAAACACUUGGGGGAUUAUUUAUUCCAAAGGCAGCACUUUUUUCUGUAUGUUUAAAAAAAACAUUGGAAAAGCCAAGCAAAUGAAAUUGGGGAAGUGUGUGUUUCUUUUCUAGUAAAAGAGUAUUCUUCCCUCCUAGAAAAGAGAUUUUCCUGGAAAUGUAGAGGGAAGGAUGUACUUGUAAGUAGAGGAUUUGGGGUGGUCAGCAAUAUUUAUUUGGCAGCUUCAAAGUAUGGACUGCAUUUAUUAAUUUUCGGGUCACUGUUUUAAGGGCCUCACUCAAGGGAAGCUUAAUUUAACAAGCAAUAAAGCAUAUGAGCAUUUUAUUGUUUUUAAUCUCUGGCUUACUAAAAAAAAGGUUAUCUUCAAGUGCCAAGAAUAUCACAAAUACUGUAUAAUGUUAGGUUGUUUUUAAAUUAUGAUGUAGGUGUCAAAUUUCUACAGGAAGCUAUAUUGGAAAUAAAUGAAAUUAAGUGAUCACAUUUAAUAAAACACUGAAUU